CUGUCUCUUUUCCUAAUUGAUUGUUUCAAAAGCAUAUUUCCCUUUUCUUUUUCUCACUUUAUUCUACAACUCUUUGAUUGCUUCUGAUUUCAAAUCACAGUUCCUUUGAUUUCUUUUAGCAAUGGAAGAUGCUAACAAUUUUCAACUGUGGACUGACCCACUUCUCCUUACCGACGUUUCUUGGCAACAAAACUCCUCUAACUGUACUGAACCAGCCAUGCCAUCCUGCUCAAAAAACCCACCAAUGUCGAAUUCAGAUUCCUCUCCUAUAACACAUUCCGACGAUCCUUGGCAAAACCAAAGCUCAAAUGAAAUUAGCACGCCAAUUAGAGAAUUUGAUGGACGAUCCAUGUUGGGGUUUUCUUUAACAUCGCCAGAUCUUGUUAUAUGCACUGGAUCACCCGAUAUUCCAUCACAAGCCUAUGGAGAUUCCCCUGAAUUCUUGGAAAAACAUAGGUGUUCAAUUGAGCUUUCUUUAGAGAAUGGCAUUGAUGGAUCUGAUAAUAAAGUUAAGCACAAAAAGCACAAAACCCCCACUGUAAAGUUCUCUACCGUGUGCCAAACUUUUGAUAAAGAAUUGUCCCCGGACUCUUCCUUCGAGCUACUUCCUUUACCAGAAACUGCAGACUAUCUGCAGAAGGAACAUGAACACCUUCCUGUUAUAAGCAUUAAUGCCGGGUGCUUAAAUGAAGCAGUGGAAUUGGGUGGUUUAAUUUAUUCAAAUGACAAUUGUUAUGUGGGUGGUGAUGUUAUAAGGACUGAUAGUAUGGUUGGAGAUGGAGUGGGAAAUUCAUUAUACAACACAGCGCGAUUUGGCGACUUCUCAUACAUGUUUCCAACAUUAGAGUCUGGUUUUUAUACUGUUGAUCUGCAUUUUGCAGAAAUAGUUUUCACAAGGGGUCCAGCCGGGGUUAGAGUUUUUAAUGUAUAUAUACAAGAAGAAAAGGUUGUGUCCAGCCUAGACAUAUAUGGCCAGGUAGGUGCAAAUAAGCCUCUGGUUAUAUCUAACAUUAGAACUUUUGUUGAUAGUUGUGGGGGCUUACUCAUUAGAUUUGAAGGAUUAAUGAGAAAUCCAAUUGUAUGUGGCAUUACUGUACGGAAAGAUUCUCCUGCAAGUUUUAAAGAAGCUGAAUCAGCAGAAGUCAUGGGAAUGGCUAAAUUGGGAGGCCAUGAGUCACCAAGGGAUAUUAGUGACUGUGAGCUAGAAGUAAAGUACAAAAAGCUGCAAAGUGAUUAUGAAUGCCAAAAUAAGGAAUUAGCAGAGAUGAGGAGAGCAUUGGAAGGGCUUAAGAUGGAGAACCAAGUCAAGAGUAAAGAGUGUCAAGAAGCUUGCAAAUCUUUACAGGAACUCCAAAAUGAGCUUAUGCGCAAAUCAAUGCAUGUUGGUUCAUUGGCGUUUGCAAUUGAGGGACAAGUGAAGGAGAAGAGCAGAUGGUUCUCAUCAUUGAGGGACAUGACAAGAAAACUAAAGAUAAUGAAAAUGGAACACAUCAAGCUAUUAGAGGAGGUAUCACUUUAUAAGAACUGCAUUAUGGAUAUCAAUGAAACUGGCACUGCAAUUCUCUCGAGAAUAAACCAGCAAGCAGAUUUGCAUGAAGAUCUCAAGAUAAAAUUUAUCAAAGGGGCCAAAGAAAGGAAAGAACUCUACAACAAGGUUCUAGAAUUGAAAGGAAACAUAAGAGUCUUUUGCCGAUGCAGGCCCCUAAAUUAUGAAGAAAUAGCGGCAGGAGCUUCAAUGGCUAUUGACUUUGAAUCUGCAAAAGAUGGUGAACUCACUGUGGUAUCAAAUGGUGCUCCCAAGAAAACCUUUAAGUUUGAUGCUGUUUUUGGCCCACAAGCUGAGCAAGCCGAUGUAUUUCAAGACACUGCUCCAUUUGCUACCUCAGUUCUAGAUGGGUACAAUGUCUGCAUUUUCGCUUAUGGGCAGACAGGGACUGGAAAAACGUUUACAAUGGAGGGUACAAAAGAAGCUCGUGGAGUUAAUUUUAGGACUCUUGAGGAAUUGUUUCGCAUAAUUAAGGAGCGACAGAAGUUAUAUCGAUAUGAGAUAUCUGUCAGUGCUUUAGAAGUCUACAAUGAACAGAUAAGAGAUUUACUGGUGACAGGCUCUCAGCAAGGCAUGGUGGCAAAAAGACUUGAAAUAAGGCAAGUGGGUGAAGGAAUGCAUCAUGUCCCAGGGCUGGUCGAAGCACAUGUACACAACAUGAAUGAGGUCUGGGAAGUUCUACAGACUGGCAGUAAUGCAAGAGCUGUUGGCUCAACCAAUGCCAAUGAGCAUAGCAGUAGAUCCCACUGCAUACACUGUGUGAUGGUUAAGGGAGAGAAUUUGUUGAAUGGGGAAUGCACAAAAAGCAAGCUAUGGUUGGUGGACCUAGCAGGAAGUGAACGAGUAGCAAAAACAGAGGUGCAUGGAGAAAGACUUAAGGAAACUCAAAAUAUCAACAGAUCCUUGUCUGCACUUGGUGAUGUCAUAUCUGCUCUUUCUACUAAAAGCCCUCACAUUCCCUUCAGGAAUUCAAAGCUUACACAUUUGCUUCAAGACUCUUUAGGAGGAGAUUCAAAGACACUCAUGUUUGUACAAGUCAGUCCUCACGAGAAUGACCUUGGUGAGACCCUAUGCUCUCUGAAUUUUGCAAGUAGAGUUAGAGGGAUAGAGUUGGGUCCGGCAAAGAAGCAAAUGGAUAACUCGGACCUUCUGAGAUGGAAACAGAUGGUUGAGAAAUCAAAACAAGACAUGAAGAUCAAAGAUUUGCAAAUCAGGAAGAUAGAGGAAACAAUUCAUGGAUUAGACUUGAAGGUGAAGGAUAAAGACCUAAAAAACAAGAACCUGCAAGACAAGGUGAAAGAACUAGAGUCGCAGCUACUCAUUGAAAGGAAGCUAGCACGUCAGCAUGUCGAUACAAAGAUCGCUGAACAGCAGCAGCAACAGCAACAAAUGAAACAGCAGAAUGAGGAGGUUAAUAAUUCAGCAAUGAGACCACCACUAGCAACUCGACUUUUGGGAGCUAACAAUAAUUUAAAUGAAGUUACAAGUGGUACAUUGAUGAAAGAGCAAGUAAAUCUCACUCGUCCACUUAUGGAGAAUAGUUUGAAGCCUGCUAUGCCUCUUUCUGUAGCAGAUGGCUGCAUCAAGCACAUUGAUCUAGCAACAGAAAAAGAAAACAAUCCCGAGAUGGCUGAACAACUACGACUACCAAAAAGGACGGGAAGAGCCUCAAUCUGCCCAACAGCACGACGAAUGUCAAUAUCCUCAGCCCCGAGGCGCAACUCUUUAAUACCAUUGCCAAGUACACCAGGCUUAGCGCAGCUCGCACCACCAUUUCUCCCAUUGCCACCACAGCCAGGUAUAAAGGAAGAGGUGGAUGAGUUUAUUCCUGAACAAACGGUAUGUGACAGUCCUAAAGAAAUGAAAAGUGGUGGUAAGAAGCUGAGCAGUAUUUUGAGACGAAGCCUUCACAAGAAAGUUCAACUAAAGUCCCCAAUGCAGCAACAUUUGAGAAGAGGUGUAAAUGUGGGGAUGGAAAGGGUUAGAGUUUCAAUUGGAAGUCGAGGGAGGAUAGCCAGUAGAGUACUAGUGGGCAAUGGCAGAAGAGGAGGAACGAAGGAAAUUCAGCAGAAACAAAACCAGAAGGAAAAGGAGAGAGGGUGGAACAUAGGCACAGUUGGGAGGACUGCAAUCUAACAGAUUAAUAGUUGUUUAUGUAUAGUUGUUUAUGUAUUCCUUCGUUGCACAGGCGACAACCAAAAAAACAAAAACAAAAAUUGUGUGGAUCUUCCGAGAUGAUG